AUGGCCUCCUCAAGCCCCAUCCGCGGGCUGCUGUUCGUGACCAUGCAGCCCAAGGAGACAUUGUCGCUCGAUCUCUUCCAUGACUGGUACAACAAUGAACACGGACCCAACCGAACACGGCUGUCGUUCAUGCCGAAUGGGUUUCGAUAUCGAGCGACAGACUUGCCAGCGCCCAACGCCGGCACUCGCGCCGACCCCGAGUUCCUGGCCAUCUACGAUGCCACGGAUAUGCACCAGUUCACCGAACAGCCGUACCAGUAUCUGCGAGCACCGCCGGGCAAAACGCAACGAGAAAUCGAUGUCAUGGCCCAGAUCUGGGUGGACCGGUUGACGCUGGAUUUUGUGGGCGAACGGAUCAACGACAAGACAUUCGUCAAACUCGAAGCGCCCGAACAUUUCCGGGAGAACGAACAAGGGAAUGUCCUGACGACACUCCGAUUGCUCCUCGCUCCAGAACAAGUCUCAAUCGUGGAGGACUGGAUCCAAACCACUGUGCUCCCAACGGUGCAAGACAUCCCCGGCUGGAGGAGGACAUCAUGGUUCAAGACGUCCUAUCUCGAACCGCGCCAAGACGGAAAGGUCGAUUUUGUCCUGAUCAACGAAUACACCCCGUCCACCGACCCUAAAGCAUUGCCGUCGACACUUAACGCGCCGCCCUCGGAUAUCUCGGAGCCCAAGGCACGCACAUAUGAACUCUUCUACACGUUUGGAACGGCAGCACGCCACCUGGCCAUCGUGGCACCGUGGGCGUCGGCAGACGGAGUCACGAAGACGCUACCGAAGGUCUCACCAUACGGCUCGGCCAUAGAGUCGACCGUCACCACACGGGACGGCGCAGUGCUGCCCUUCCGCCUCGAAGGCAACUCCGACCCCAACGCACCCGUCUUGGUGCUGGUUAACUCGGUCCUCACGACCUGGGGCAUCUGGGACGCGUUUCUCACGCACUUCUUUUCUCGCCCGCAGAACCAAAAAUACCGCGUCCUACGCUUCCUGGCCCGUGGCCGUGUCAUUCCCAGCGGCACAAUCAGCCCCGUGACCGUGGAUCUACAAGCGUCGGAUGUCAUCCAGCUGCUGGACGCCCUGCGCGUCCCCCAAGCAGCGGGCCUCGUGGGCGUGUCCAUGGGUGGCGUUACCGCUCUGGCGACGGGCCUCAAGUACCCGUCCCGGAUCAAGGCCUUCGUGGCGUGCGACACGUCCGCCAAGUCUCCCGCCGGCAACAAAGAUACCUGGGGCCAGCGCAUCGCCGUGGCGGAGAAAGAGGGCACCACGCUGCGCCUGGCGUCUCUGUUCGGCGACGAGUCCUCAGACGCGAGUCCGCAGGCCGUCGUGGGCGAAGAGCUCGCCGAGAUGACGGUGCGGCGGUGGUUCGUGCCGGAGUCGUACGACAAUCCCGAGGUCGUGCCCGAGAUCGCCCGGGUCAAGCGCAUGGUUUACACCAAUUCGCUGCCCGAGUUCAGCCGGGGGGUCGAGACUUUGUUCAACUACGACUACACGGGUCUCCUGGCCGGGUACAAGGGCCGAGGCGCCUUCCUGGUCGGCGCGGGUGACGGCGUGCUGCCAAAGGGCAUGGAGAAGCUGUCGAAGGAGCUGGGAUCGGCAGAAGGGAAGACGGCCGCUUUCAAGCUCGUCGAGGGCGCUGGGCAUUUACCCAUGGUCGAGAAACCCAAGGAGGUGGCUGACUUUGUGGGAGACUUUUUGAGCGCUGCUUGA